UUGGCUCCUCCUGUUUUUAAGUGUUCAAAGGGCAGAGUGAUUUCAGAUUUCAGGUGGCAAUGUUAACUUUUUACCGUGACUGUGUCUCCUCCCUUUGCAAUCAUGUUUUUUAUGUACUAUUCGUCCAGAGGUCGAAUUCUGAAUGCUUGUAGGGAAAGAGAAGCAAGAGGCAGAAAUGAAACAGGGCAGAGACAGACAAACCACUUAAAACAUAUUUUAUACAUAUAUUGACUAAAGAGGUAAUCUUUGCUAUCAAAAUAGUUUGCAAAUUAUUUUUUUUCCAAGAAUUUUUGCAAAUAAACUUUUAUAGCUAAAAGUUCUUAUUCAGUAAACCUCACAAGCCAAUGGCUGACCAAUUUUUAAAAGACCUUGAAGAUUCGGGUUUGAGGGAGCCCUCUGAAAUGAGACCUUUGGUGAUCAAAUGGAUUGAAGAGCGGUUUCCAGGAGUCGAGUCAAUACCAACACAAACCCUCCAACAGUGGAUGGAAGAUAAACCGGGAGAGCUUCUCCUUCUUGAUACUCGAAGUCCAGCAGAAUUUGAAGUCAGCCACUUGCCGGAAGCAAUCUUAGUUCCUCCUGAAACGGAUGCUGUAAAGGAAAUUUUCAAAGCUUGGUUCCAACAAGAAAAUGAAGGGUAUCAUAGACACAUUGUUUGCUACUGCACUGUGGGCUACCGAUCAUCCAUGACAGCUCAGCUCCUGCGUGACUACUUGUGCUGUGAGACAAAUCAACAUUUCAUUACUUCUUCCAUGAUUUACAAUCUUCAAGGAGGUUUAGUGAAAUGGGCCUCUGAAAAGAGGUGGAUGGUAGACCAAUAUAACAAACCAUCAUCCAAAAUGCAUCCCUAUAAUGAAGUCUGGGCAAAACUCCUAGAGCCAGAGUUCAAGGUGGAGACUAAAGGAAACAUUUAAAGAUGGUCUUGAAACAAAAAUAUUCCAAGCUAGGACAUUAAUUUCAAAACAGCUUAUUUCUCUGAACAUUCAACCUGAAAAAAAAUAUUUUAAGGCCCUUUAAUCAUUCCAAAAGUGGUCCACAAGAUAGCCACAGCUCCAUAAACUUCAGAAUGAAAUAGUUAAAGAAUUGCACCAACAAAUAAUUGGGAAGACUAAACCUCUGGUCCACGUGACUAACCCAGAUAGAAUCCUGCAAUAUUAUCCUGGGACAUGUAUGUUUGCCUUCAUUCAUAAUAAAUUUUCAGCCAAUUUGCCUAUCA